GGUGAACUGAAUUUAAGUGCUCACAGCGGCAUGGUUCUAACCGAUAGCACUGAUGAAGAUAUCAUAUGUUCUCGGCUCAUUGGGCGCAAGACUGACACAUAUGUCGAUCCUGUUUGCUCGAGAAGUAACACGAUCAGUGCCGAGCACGUAUCCGUAGUCGACAUUAAUGCUCUUGCACGUGCUGAAUCCUUAUCGGGCGAACUUUUGCAAGGUGAAGACGGAGUGCCAACCAGACCCAUUCCUAUCCCCAACCUCGAAGACACUUCUACUCACCUCCCAACUUAUGAGCCACCUGGAUCAACUAUACACGAUCCUUCUCUUCAACCGGAGGAGGGAGACUUCCUCCAACACGAACUCAUUGACGCGACGACCUCAUAUCGCCAUCAGAGCCCACGGUCUCCGCGCGACCACAGCACCGCUCUCAGAGCCUCACGACUGUUACGAAUCGCGACGGGCAACCAAACUGCUAAUCAGAUGGGAUACGGCGAAUACCAGCCGGAUCUGUCUCGAAUCACUCCCCUGCAUUCUUCUCUCCUUUUCCUCAGUCCCGAAGCUGAAUCACGGAGUAAAGACUCUCACAAAAGUCAUGAAUCGAAUACGGCUGGGCACGCAUUCCGAGCCAUGUCAGACUUCCAAACCUCUUCUACACCGGUGUUAUCGACUGGCUACUCGAUGAAUACGGCUAAGGGCGUGGGUAUAGAUGCGUCUUCUGUGCCCCCGCCCAGUAGUAUGGCUUCACACUCCGCAAUUCCUCUAGAAAAGCCGCAACCAUCUGCUCCAAGCGUCUUUCGAGGUUCUUCUCGAAAGAGAAGGUUGGGAACCGCAUCUAACAUGAUAAAACGCCCUCUCGAAUUCUUUACUCCUGCUCCCCCCCUACAAUGUUCCGCCACCGACGAUGGGCCACAACGUUUAGAUUAUCCUCCCAAUCUCUCCACCAUGUUGGACCGUCUCUCUGAAAUGCUGCAACCAAUCAGCAAGGCGGCUUCGUCAUCCUCUCUUCUGGCCCCGCCUCCCUCCAGGCCGAUGACUACGUCGUAUUGA